AUGCCUUACACCUACGGCCUCCUCGUACUUGCCAUUAUGACCCAAGCGACCCUGGGACAAUCUGAGGGAUCUUUCCAGGUUACUGCGGACUACCCUGCGGGGUGUCAUGGCGGGCCUGGUCCAGGGAAGGGAAGUGUUAUAACCACUCUUAUGGAGCCAUCCUGCAUUUACAGCAAGAAGGGCGUUACAUCCGAAGGUGUGUAUAAGGAGGCUGCCGGGAUCAUCCUUAAGACCAACAGACCUGGGCAUUUUGGCAGUAUGCAUGUGAAUUUCACCGUGUUCACAACGCCUGACAACAAGAGUGGUACCCUGGUGGAAACAUAUGGGUGGGCACACUUGAGCGUCGGUGAUGAAACCAGGGACUUCUGGUGGAACCCUGCUCCGGGUGAGGAUGCCUACGGCCCUGGGUCGCGUAUCCAUAUCGCGACCAUCGACUAUGGUUAUUUCCCUAAGUAUAAG